AUGCGGCUUCCUUUCUUGUUAUGUCUCUGUGUAAGUGGGGAUAUGAAGAAUUUUAACAUAUUUAGAUCGCAAUAACUUAUGGGGCCUUCUUCGGGAAGAACAAGUUCAAUAAGCUCCGAGAAUUCACUGAGGACGCUGAAGAAGUUGUGAGUGUUUUGGUAGUAUACAGAGCGGUUUAAAAUACAUACAUAUUUUUACUUGACUGAUAGACAAAGAUCUCAAAAAUUUGUUGGCAAAAGCUGAUUUCAGGCCAGUCUUUUCGCUUUCAACCAAACCGAGAAAUGGUUUACCCAAGUCCUCGACCACUUUGACGAGGCGAACGAUGAGACUUGGCAGCAACGUUACUUUGUAAACGAUGUUUACUGGAAGGAGAACGGCCCUCAGUUUUUGAAUAUCGGUGGAGAAGGACCCGUGAGAGGAGAGAGAAUUUUCAACGAGAGCUACCCGAUGACGAGUUGGGCUAAGAAGCUGAAUGCUCAAAUUUGGAGUCUAGAGCAUCGAUUUUACGGAAAAAGUCAUCCAAAACCGUAAGUUUUGACGUAAGAAUUGAUGAGAAAGCUCGUGCUUUAAAAUUUUGAUAAGGAGUACACGAUAAAAAUUGCCGUUUUUUAGCAAUCAAAGUGUAGAGAAUCUGCAGUAUCUGACCAGUCGACAGGCCCUUGCUGAUUUGGCCAACUUUAUAAGAACCAAAAACCAUGAACUUAAGCUGAAGAACCCUAAAUGGAUCGUCUUUGGAGGCUCUUAUCCUGGAGCAUUGGCUCUGUGGUUCAGAGUUGUCUAUCCCGACCUCACAGUUGGAGCUGUGGGAUCAUCAGCUCCAAUCGAUAUUCAAAUGGACUUCUAUGGUAAGGCUCCAAUGGCAUUAAAAGCUAAAAUAAUAAUUUUAAUGAUGGAAACUUGUUUAGGGUACCUCCGAGUAUGUCAAGAAGCAUAUCGGAAACAAAGCCCAAAAUGCGCCGAAAACAUUGAUAAAGCCUUCACUUAUCUUCACCGGAUGAUGGACUCCAAGAAAGGCCGAGAACGCCUUGAAGCCAACUUGAAUGUUCAGCCAAAGUUUGAAAAACAGAAAUUGAACUUUCAAGACCUCGAGAACUUAUUUGGAAAUUCAUUCUCCUUGUUCCAAGGGGCCGUUCAGUACAGUCGAGUAAACGCUGUAAGAGAUAUGAUGAUACGUAUAUUAUAUUUACAUAGUAUACAUAUAAUAUGAUGUAUGCUAUGUAAGUCUAUGCUUCGGCGAUAAAUGAUUCACCCUUGAUCACCAGCCAUUUUCAGGGGAGGUACGCAACUGGCUACAGUAUUCCGGAUGUGUGUAGAAUCAUGGAACAGCCCGUGUUCAGCCCAAUAACUCAUUUGGUGAAGGUUGCAAAGUAUUUGGAAGGCGAUGUGUUCGAGGAUGACUAUCAAGGCGAUAUCGCGUUUUUGAAGCGGGAAGAUUUUCAUGAAGAGAGUGGUAGGUGUUAGACUGGUAGUUAUUCAGUUUAUAAAUCAUCUCAAAAGUUAUUAUUGUUGUCACUUUUAGCGGCGCGUUCUUGGAUAUGGCAGACGUGCAACGAGUUUGGAUAUUUCCAAACGACCAGCUUCGAGAAGAAUAUUUUCGGCGUCGGAACUCCGGUCGAUUACUACAGAAAGAUUUGCUCUGAUGUCUAUGGGCCAAGGUUUGCCGUGAGCAACAUAGUUAAGGCGCUAAGAGCGACCAGAGAUUACUAUGGAGAGCCGGAAGACUACAAUGUAAGUCUAUGCCUUCUGAAUUACAAAUGGUACCCCAAUAUGUACUAAAUCUGUAAAAACAAUACUUUUAGGGAACAAACGUUGUAAUCCCCAACGGUUCAAUUGAUCCGUGGUCGGCGUUGGGAACAUACGUAAACGGCCCAAGCCAAUAUUCGUAUCUCAUCGAGGGGGCGGCCCAUUGUGCUGAUAUGUCUCCACCGGGCCGAAAUGAUGUCCCAGGAUUGGCUCAUAUUAGAUCGGUUAUCUUUGAGAAACUUCAGGAAUGGAUUAAAGACAAGGAAGUGAAAAAUGUAGAUAAAAAUGAGAAGAAGGAAGAAAAGAAAGUUGAAGAAGAGACAGCGGAGCCUCAAGAAGUUUUUCAUGCGCCGGGAGAAGUUUGCUUCGGAUGCGGUGGAUACGGAGAGGUAGGAAUUCAAACUUGUACAAGGUUUUUACAAGCUCAAAGAGUUUUAGGCUGACAGUAUCAGUCUUUCGAUAAAAUAAUGAGCUCUCUGACGCUGCAAUUUGGAAUAUGUACAAUCCUAAUUUCAUUUGUGCGUAAUCGGCGUUUGGCUAUUUUUAGAAACUCAACCUCCCUGAAGAAUCGACUGCCAUCAUCUCAAAGAAAUUCUACAGUCCACAAGACGGCUAUCCGGCCUUUGAGGAAACUCCAAGAAACGCCGAAGAUGAGCCGAAGCUCUCCACGAUUGAGCAGGUUGUUGAUCAUUUCGAGAAGGAUCCGAAAAAACAAAAGACUUUCAAACAAGUAAUACAACCGUCAAGAGACUAAAUUUGUAUUUUCAGCACUUUUACAUCAACAACAAGUACUAUAAGGAGGGUGGUCCAGUCUUACUCUUGAUUGGAGGAGAAGGACCUUUGAGUAAGGAGAAGGUUAACAAAUGUAAUCUUGUCAUUAUUAGGUUACUACAAGCCAUUUAUAUUCGAAGAAAAGUCAAGUGUCUUGAAAUAUGCGAAGGAGCUAAAUGCCUCGUUAAUUGGUCUGGAACACAGAUUUUAUGGAAAGAGCAUUGCUACAAGGUAAUAGCUUUAGAAUACUGUCAAAUCUAUAUGUAUCAAAUAUAGAUUUCUACGAUUCUUUUGUACUAGUCGCGGAAAAAAGUCCUUGGAAUUUUUCGCGGCCCCCAAAUCUCGUCGCACUCCGAAAUGUUGAUUUGUCGCGGGAAUCGCGCGCGACAAUAAGGCAAAAACAAGAAAAUUGCACAGUGCAAAAGCACUUUUCGGGUUCAUGCACAGUGCAGAGUCGCAGAAAAUUCUAACAAUAAGGACUUUUUUCCGCGACUAGUACAGGGCUUUGACUGUAAUCCUAUUGCAUUUAGUGACUUGUCGGUGAAGAGUCUUCAAUAUCUGACAUCUCGACAAGCACUAGCGGAUAUCAAUUACUUCAUUGAAACUAUUAAAAAGACCCCACUCUAUAAGGACGCGAAAUGGGUUCCCAUUGGAGGCUCUUAUGCUGGAUUCUUGGCGGCUCAAUUCAGACAGCUGUAUCCAAGCUCUUCUGUGGGAUCGAUUGGAAGUUCCGGACCGCUGGACAUUAAUGUUGACUUUUACAGUAAGCCAAACAUUGCUCAUGGUUUACAAUUGUUUUAGUGUUUAAUGUCGUGGCACAGUUUACAUUGGGUGGAUGUGCUGGAAAGAUUAAAGAGGGAUUUGAUUACAUAAACCAGUUGCUGAACACCAUUGAAGGAAGGGAGAUUAUCAACCAGAAAUUGGGGUACGUUUGACACUAAGAGCUCAAGAUUUUACAUGUGUUUUCGUAUAUGCCUAACCGAGUAAAAAAAAGCCAGAUCUUGCAAAUUUUUUCCUUCUUUUGCUUAGCAUCAUUAAGUUCUAUUUCAGUCCAUGCUACGGUGACAGACGAUUCAAAGGAGAAUACGUGGAUCCCUUUGACAAGAUGGAAUUUUACCGGGACCUGAUUAUAAGGUUCACUGAGACAAUUCAGUAUGCCGAACCAGUAAGACAGACUCUUCUAUCCUGCCCUUUCUUCAACCCCAUUUAACUUAUAUUUUUCAGGGACCCAACGGAACAGUCGCAAAGAUUUGCAAUCUUUGGAACAACGACCAACAUGACGUCUUUUACAAGUUCAAUGCUGUUUACAAGCACUGCUAUGAAAUGGAUUAUAGCAAACGGAUCGAUAGUUUGUCUGAUAUUUCCAUUGAUGGUCCUGGAGCCAAAUCUCGGUGCUGGUGGUGGCAGACUUGCAAUGAGUUCGGGAAUUAUCCCUCAACCGGUGUUGCGGACCUGGUUUAAGUGGAUUGCCAAUCAAGUGAGUAAAGUCGUGUUAAUUGAGAAAAGAAUGUAAAACUCUUUUCUAAAAUAAUUUUUUAUCUUUUCCGGAGAAAAUGUGUUUUGUAGCACUUCUUAUGUGAUCUUUGAUCAUAGAAAAUAUGAGGAAAGAACCAUCAAAAAACCUGUUUUGCUUUCGCUUUCUCCGCAACGUUCUCAAGACUUUGAUCCAAAGAGAUCGUUCAAUAUCUCGGAUGUAGUUGCAAAGCGCAAGCUAAAAUUUUUGGAAAAUAAAACUUAAACUGUGAGGUGUUGUUCCAGUUAAAAGAUUUCUGAAAAUUGUAUGUUGAGAAUCUCCCUAAUGACCAACAAAGCUCGUAUAAUUUUUUCAGUUACUUCGUCGAGUGGUGCCGCAGAGCGUACGAUCCAAGUUUUACCCGUGACAAAAUUGAAGCGAACAUAAAGAAAACGAAUAAAUUGUACGGUGGAGAAAGAGGUUACCGAGCGACGAAACAUCUGCAUAUCUACGGAACCGCCGACCCGUGGCACGCGGCUGGGCUCUUUACUGUCGACGCAAAACAUAGACCGACGGACGAAGACCAUGGAGAGGAUGUGGUCACUGAAUAUCUGGUAGGCACAUCCCAUAUGGCCGACUUGUUCCCUGAGCAAGAAGCAGAGUCGCCGAAGGUGAAAGACGCAAGGAAGCUGACUGUGGAGACCAUCAAACGAUGGAUCAAAUAA